AUGGCAGAGUGCCACCAAGAGAAUGAAAUCAGGCCAAAGGAUCCCAUUAGGUGUCGAGACUGUGGCUACAGAAUCAUGUAUAAGAAGAGGACACGACGCUCAAAGACUAAUUGUGGCUCACAUGCCUACCUGUCAAGAUACUGUAAUGCCAUAGUUAUCUUAAUCAUAAAACCAUCUCCAGAGAUGACAAAUAUCAAUGGAAAAUUUGGAUAA